CGCUGGCGGGGCAUUUGAAGAUCGACCAAUCAGGAGCCGAGUAUUGGCCCGUUGGCUUUCCACGCAGCGUAUGCCCGGCUGUUGUGCGGCGGAGGCUCCAUAGGGUUGCGUGUUAAUUUUACUGCGGAGAAAGGCAUCAGUUCAGAACAUCUGCAAGGAUGCCUCGCGCGAAGGCCGACAAGCCGCGUGGACGCAUGUCGUCCUACGCGUACUUCGUGCAGACCUGCCGGGAGGAGCACCGCAAGAAGCACCCUAAUGAAGCUAUUGCUUUCGCGGCGUUCUCCAAGAAGUGCUCUGAACGCUGGAAGGUGAUGAGCGACAAGGAGAAGAAGCGCUUUGUGGACAUGGCCGACAAGGACAAGUCUCGCUACGAGGCAGAGAUGAAGACCUACGUCCCUCCCCCUGGCGGUGGCAAGAAGGGCAAGGGCAAGCGCAGGCCCAAGGACCCGAACGCUCCCAAGCGUGCCCUCUCGGCUUUCUUCUGGUUCUGCAACGACGAGCGGCCGGCGCUGAGGGCGGCGAAUCCCGACUCGACGGUCGGCGACAUCGCCAAAUCCCUGGGCAAGAAGUGGGCUGAGGUGGACGAGUCCGUGAAGGCCAAAUACGAAGCCAUGGCUGACAAGGACAAGGCGCGGUACGCCCGGGAGAUGGCUGCGUACAAGAGUGGUCUUGCCAGCAACGCUGCGGAAGAUGAAGAGGAAGACGACGAUGACGACGAUGAGGAGGACGACGAGUAAAGCGGAGUGCGCGACGUGCUCCUGCGUGUGCGCCUCUGGUGCACGCGUGCGUGUACAAACACUAAGACAGUUGUUCUGGAGGGUAGUGGGUCGGUACAGUGAUCAACUGAAGACUGGAGGGGGCGGGAGGGGUGACAGCACCGUCAUCAUCGCCGUCCGUCCACCCGGAACGGCCGGCCCAUCGAUCGGGCCUAUUUAUUUAGCGAGACCGCCUUCAUCUGCGCCGUCCGCCACAGCGCGACAAGGGACGCUCAUCGCGCUAAUAAAGCAGUCUUAUUGCGGCUGCUCAUCAUCACAUUUUAUCAUCAGUUAGUUUUGACAUGCAUAGCUAGUUUCGCCGGUUCUCAUCAAAAUAAACAUCCAAAAAACG